UUCUAUUGCCCUGUAAAAAAUCUUCACUCUCACAAAGAAGUUGCAAUUUAGGGUUUUAACUGUGUUCUCACUCGUCUCCUGCAAUCUUUCCCGACAUUCGUUCCUCCAUUUUCGUAACCAUGGCGAGCACCAAAGUUCAGAGGGUUAUGACUCAGCCCAUAAACUUGAUUUUCAGGUUUCUACAAAGCAAAGCACGCAUUCAGAUUUGGCUUUUUGAGCAAAAAGAUUUGAGGAUUGAAGGCCGAAUCAUUGGUUUUGAUGAAUACAUGAAUUUAGUUCUUGAUGAUGCUGAAGAAGUGAACAUCAAAAAGAAAAGCAAAAAGACAUUAGGGAGAAUCCUUCUUAAAGGAGACAACAUAACCUUAAUGAUGAGCACGGGGAAAUGAUGAACAAGCAGGACAUAUGUGGACAAUGCUCCUAUCCUACAAGAAAGUAAAAUUCUAUUUCCCUUUUCAGUUUACUUCUUGUUUGGGUCGUUAACUUGUUGAAUAUGUUAUCAGAGAAAUAUGAUCUUGUAUGAACACUAGAUAUAUUUUUUUAGUUUGGCAGCUUAACAUGAUGGUUAGUUUGUUUUCUUAAUUUUGCCUUCAGUUUGCCUCUAUUAACCCAAUUCCUACCUGGAAGUGGAUGAUUUGAUGAUGUAUGACACUGAUAUUAUAACCCUCCCCUCAUUCAUUGGAAUUCUCCUUUUAUUAUUUCUUUAUAUCAUAA